CAGACCGACACUUCCGUCUUUGACAUGGAAAUGUAGGCCCAAUCCAUCUUGCUAACUAUUUGGAUGCCAUGCUAGUAUGGUGUUUUCGCUAGCUACUUGCCACAACUUUGUGGCCCCUAUGCCUUUAAUGUUGAGCAUGAUCAGCUAAACUACAUGAAUUAACAAGUGGCAGGGAGCUUGAACUGCAGUAGUCUUGGGGCAACUGCCAGCUAGCUAGCUAACGUAACCUACAAUGAAUGGCUAGCUCAUGUUACUUACAGGAUGCGUCUAAUCGUUGGAUGAAAAACCUACCGAUUUCAUGUUUCUUUUUGAGUACAUUGGUCUUCCUAGUAGCAGUACUAUUUUCGAUCUUUCUUUGAAAGCAUGCAUCUAGUUAUUGGAAGCGUUUUGAGAGGCUACCGCUUCCUCUCAUACAUUACCUACACGCCGAAGGAUGACGCCAUUGAUGCCCCCGAGAGUGGCAUUAAAGCGCAUAUGCGUGUUUCCCCUGUUCGGAGACGGCUCAAACAGAACAAAGGCGGCUCAGUCAGCUCUAAUAUUCAUAUUGGGUUUUUACUCAUGUGUAAUAACAAACUGAUCAAUUGAAUUGUUUGUAUUGAAAUGACUUUGUUUGCUCUCUGUAAUGCAACCACCUGCGUUUCGUUUCAUUACACUUUUAUCACUUAAGUCAUUUCUCAUAUAACUGUUAUUGAACUUCAACAACACGAGACAUUGCGAAAUACAGUAUUUUUCUUGACGCACAUAGAGCGCAAGGUUUGAAAAAUCAGAGAAGGGUGAAAUUGCGUUCCUGUAUGUGGUAAUUAAUGCACAAUCAUGUUGGAUGCCAGCAACUGAUUAACCCCGCGGGGGCGCAAACGGUAGCUAGCUAGCCAUACACCAGUACGUUAGACAGUGUCCUUCGUCCCGCUUGUUGGGCACUGGUUUCCCCCAGUUCUGAUAACGACGGUAAGGGCAGGUUUUCAGUAGUCGGGAGCGAAGGACAAUGGGUGCUUAACCAGUUGGAGUACUCUGGUACACAGCAGGCGGGAGGCUAGCUAGCACACGGUGUUGCAAAUUAUCAAGCUAGUUAGUACGCGUGUCACCCCAGCCUCCCGUCUGAUGUGCUUGCGGGAAGCAGGGGCGACUGGUAGACAUUGUCCUUCGCUCCUGCCUGUCGGGCAUGGUGUUCUACGGUACACAGCAGGCGGAGCGACACAGUGUGCUAUCUAACGAGCAAAUUAGCAAGCACACUCUGUCGCCCUCGCAUGUCGUUUGACAUGCUAGCGGGGACAACGGAUAGACAGUGUCCUUCACCCCCACCUGUCGGACACGGCUUUCUCCGGUACACUGCAUGCGGGAGCGACACCGUGUGUUAGCUAACUAGCAAGCUGCUGUGCUAGUGGGGGUGACCGGUAGACAGUGUCCUUCGCCCCCUCCUGUCGGCCACUGUUUUCCCACAGUUCUGUUAACGAAUGUGAGGGCAGGCGGGAGCGAAUUACACUGUUCACCGCUAGCUAGCAAGGGGUACUCAGGUAUGCAGGGGCGAAAAAUCGGAGACAAUACUUUUACUUCCCUUUUGACCCACAUUCAAAAGUGUCACACAGGCAUGAAGGUGCAUUCCAUACAGAACCAAUCAGUCGAUUCGAACCAAUGGGAUGCUCUGGGGGGGUUAAGGAAAAUGAAAAGAAAAACGAAACUACAAAGGAACCCUAUGACUAUAACACUCACAGCAUUCGCAUAGUUUUUCAUUAAUACAGCACUACACCUGCACACGGAGACUGAUAUGGACUUCCUCUGUUGACAACUUCCUCACUGGUGACAGUCCGUAGGCUUCAAUGAGCAAUAGAGUUGACUGCAUACAGACGCAAGAAUGGAGUGAGCACAGUCAGACCUGAUCCUAAGUUAUUACAAAGACUCAGAACCCAUUUAGGAGCAGCGAAUGAAACAAGAUGGAUUACAAAUAUGACAAUAUUGGAAUAGAACUCCUGCUGGCUCACAUGAACAUAGAGGACAUAAUCGACGUGGUGGAAAAUCUCUACCACACCAAGGAAGAGGAAAAAGAGGCCGGGGCGUCGUUUGAGGAGGGUCUCUCUCAGGAGGAGAUGGACCAGAACGAGGAGACAGUGGAUGAUUCAUGGGGCGAAGUGACAGGAGGGACCCAGGGGACACAGCAGGGGAACAGUGGUGGUAGGGUAAGGUACGGGACAGUGUCGGACUUGCUCUCUUUCGUCAACCAGAUCUCUAACAUGCAGCCAGAAGUACUGCAGCACCUGCCGGAGGAGAUGGGUGUGUUACUGAACAAGAAACACAUGGGGCUGAAGAAGGGUCACUAUCGCAUCGAUUCAGAUGUGUUUCUGUUUCCAUGGAAGUGGACCUAUAAGACUCCUGGCUCCGGCGGCCAUGUUCCAAAGGGCUCUUUUGGGAAAGUCCACUUGGCCCAGGAUACCAUAACCAGGAAGAGAAUGGCAUGCAAACUGAUCCCCAUGGAACACUUCAAACCAGCCGAUGUGGAGAUCCAGGCACGGUUCCGUCACGAGAACAUUGCAGAGCUCUAUGGUGCUCUCCUCUGGGACCAAAACAUCCACCUGUUCAUGGAAGCCGGCGAGGGAGGUUCGGUUCUGGAGAAACUGGACAGCUGUGGCCCCAUGAGGGAGUUUGAGAUAAUCUGGGUCACCAAGCAAGUCCUCAGGGGCUUGGAGUACCUACACUCUCACAAUGUCAUCCACCACGACAUCAAACCCAGCAACAUCGUCCUGAUGUCAGACAAAGCGGUUCUGGUGGACUUUGGCCUGACGGUACAGAUGACAGAGAAGGUAUACACCCCUAGGGAUCUACGAGGCACAGAGAUGUAUAUGAGCCCGGAGGUGGUUCUUUGUCGAGGACACAACACCAAGACAGAUAUCUACAGCCUGGGCACCACCAUCAUCCAUAUGCAGACUGGCAGCCCACCCUGGGUCAGGAGAUACCCACGCACCGCCUACCCUUCCUACCUCUACAUAAUCCACAAGCUGGCCCCUCCCCUGGAGGACAUAGCGGAUGACUGCAGUGGUAUCAUGCGGUCCUUCCUAGAGACAGCCCUGGAGAGGAACCCUGCCAAGCGCAGCUCUGCAGCCAAGCUCCUGAGGGACGAGGCCAUCAACCCUCCCAGAGAGGAACAGCCACGCUGCUGGAGCCUGGACUCAGCCCUGGUGGAGGCCUCCCACCCUCUAUUGAGGCAGCAUAGCCAGCAGCCUGACACCACACAGGAAUCCUCAUUGUACUCUGAGCCUGAGGACUCUGCCCACCUGAGGAGAAAGGGAUCCCUGUACAUCGACUUGGGGGCAAUAGCUGGAUACUAUAAUCUAGUGAGAGGUCCCCCUGCCACAGAGUAUGGCUAACCCUGAGCCUAACCUCUGAAGGAAAUGUGUAUUUUAAAGAUAUCAGAGAUAACUGUUAACUUUCACCUUAGCCUGGUACUGGUGAACUGUUAGAUCAGAGACUCUCAGGAAGUUGAGUUAGGGACUCAUGAAGACUCAAUGGUGAAGGUGUGACUGAUGCUUUUGGAAAGAGAUACCAGAAGGACAGAAAAUUGGAUAGAGACAGUAAAUAGCCUGCACUUCAAUGGCGCUGGACUCGUGUAAUGAAAUUGACCAAUGUCUGAAGAGUGGUUUCUGUAGCUGCAUUAAUUUGCCAUCUCUCAACAAUGCAGCGGCACAUUGGAUGUAAGAGAUGUGUUACUCAGUAACACUGUGUUUCACUGGCUAACAGUGACAUCUUGUGGGAUGUUCUGUAGAUACAUGAUAUACUGUAUAAGCAUCUUAUACAAGUUUGUUUCUUAAAGAAAUGCAUCUGAAUGGGUCUUGUGAUUGAGACGUCAUUCUAUUAUUUUGUGUCAAUAUGAAAACUAUGAUUUCUGACCGUGUAUCUGUGGUUUGUACAAAUUGUACAAUUAUAUUGUUUUAAACAUGAAGUUCUUAAAAUGAACUUAUUUGUGUUUGUACCUAAGGAAUAUGAGAAGUGAUUUUGAGAAUUGCUAUGCAAGUUACACCAUGUACAUGACUGAUUCAUUUGUUACUUUAUUUGUGUGGUCAUUGUACUUGUACCUGUUGGGUAUGCAGUUUUCUUUCAUAGUAAACAAAAAUAUAAAUGCAACUUACAACAAUUUCAAAGAUUUUACUGAGUUACAGUUCAUAUAAGGAAAUAAGUCAAUUGAAAUAAAUUCAUUCAACCCUAAUCUAUGAUUUCACAUGACUGGGAAUACAGAUAUGCAUCUGUUGGUCACAGAUACCUUUAAGAAAAGGUAGGGGACGUGGAUCAGAAAACCAGCCAGUAUCUGGUGUGACCACCAUUUUCCUCAUAAAGCGCGACACAUCUCCUUCACAUAGAAUUGAUCAGACUGUUGAUUGUGGCCCUUGGAAUGUUGUCCCACUCCUUCAAUGGCUGUGCGAAGUUGCUGGAUAUUGGUGGGAACUGGAAUACGCUGUUGUACACAUCGAUCCAAAGCAUCCCAAACAUACUCAAUGGGUAACAUAUCUGGUGAAUAUGCAGGCCAUGGAAGGAGUUGGACAUUUUCAGCAGAAUUGUGUACAGAUCCUUGCGACAUGGGGCUGUGCAUUAUCAUGCUGAAACAGGAGGUGAUUGCUGCGGAUGAAUGGCACGACAAUGAGACUCAGGAUCUCGUCACGGUAUCUCUGUGCAUUCAAAUUGCCAUUGAUAAAAUGUAAUUGUGUUCGUUGUCCGUAGCUUAUGCCUGCCCAUACCAUAACCCCACUAUCACCAUGCGAUACUCUGUUCACAACGUUGACAUCAGCCAACCACUAGUCCACACGACGCCAUACACGUGGUCUGCGGUUGUGAGGCCGGUUGGACGUACUGCCAAAUUCUCUAAAUCAAUGUUGGAGAUGGCUUAUGAUAGAAAAAUGUAAAUAAAAUUAUCGGGCAACAGCUCUGGUGGACAUUCCUGCAGUCAGCAUGCCAAUUGCGCACUCCCUCAAAACUUGAGACAUCUGGGGAAUUGUGUUGUCACAAAACUGCACAUUUUAGAGUGGCCUUUUAUUGUCCCCAGGACAAGGUGCACCUGUGUAAUGAUCAUGCUGAUUAAUCCGCUUCUUGAUAUGACACACCUGUCCGGUGGAUAGAUUAUCAUGGCAAAGGAGAAAUGCUCGCUAACAGUAAUGUAAACAAAUUUGUGCACAAAAAUUGAGAGAGAAAAACUUAUGGUGCCUACGAAAAAUUACGAGAUAUUUUAUUUCAUCUCAUGAAACAUGGGACCAACACUUUACAUGUUGCGUUCAAAUUGUUGUUCAGUGUAGUAUAUCCAAUGAGAUUACCAGUGCUGUUUUGUACACACAUUCAUUUCAAUAGAGCAUUUUGUUAAUUUUCUUCAGACUGUCUCAUACACUACUUUUUCUUUCAUGUUAGUUGAAUAACAUGUCAUAUCAUUAACCUGAAUGAAAUAAAAAGCCAACACGUGUUUUAA